CAUACCGGACGUUCUUGUUUUGCACACGUCUCUGCAAACUAUUCCAGCCCUCGUUUCAAAGAAAGUGAAACCUAAGUAUAGAUAAACCACUGUAUUUUUCUGUCUAUUUGUGUGCAGUGAAAUGGCAGAAGCCAAUAUUUCCGUGGCUCAGGAUCAGUUCAGCUGUUCGAUCUGUCUGGACCUACUGAAGGAUCCAGUGACCAUCCCCUGUGGACACAGUUACUGCAUGAACUGCAUUACAGACUUCUGGAAUCAAGAUGAUCAGAAGGGAGUUUAUAGCUGCCCUCAGUGCAGACAGACCUUCACUCCAAAACCUGCUUUAGGUAAAAAUACAAUGCUGGCUGAAGUUGUGGAGAAACUUAAAGAGACCAAAGUCCAAACAGCUGAUCCUGCUCUCAGUUUUGCUGGUCCUGGAGAUGUGGAGUGUGACGUCUGUAGUGGGAGAAAAUAUAAAGCCAUCAAGUCCUGUCUGUUGUGUCUGGAGUCUUACUGUCCAACUCACUUUGAGCAUCACGAGGCUUUUCGCACAGGUAAACGACACAAGAUAACUGAUGCCACUGGACGACUCCAGGAGAUGAUCUGCCCUCUACAUGAUAAACUGAUGGAGGUUUACUGUCGUACUGACCAGAAGUGCAUCUGUUUACUGUGUACGAUGGAUGAACAUAAAAAUCAUGACAAUGUAUCAUCUACAUCAGAGAGGACAGAAAAACAGAAACAGUUGGAAGACACACAAAGAAAUUUCAAGCAGAGAAUCCAAGAGAGAGAGAAAGAGCUUCAGAAUCUGAAAGAGGCUGUGGAGACUCAUAAACGCUCCGCACAGGCAGCAGUGGAGGACAGUGAGAGGAUCUUUACUGAAAUUAUCAGUUCCAUUGAAAGAAGCCACUCUGAGGUGAUAAAGAUGAUCAGAGAUCAAGAAAAGGCUGAAGUGAGUCGAGCUGAAGGACUCUUGAAGCACCUGGAGCAGGAGAUUGAUGGUCUGAGGAGAAGAGAUGCUGAGCUGGAGCAGCUUUCACACACUGACAAUCACAUCCAUUUCCUUCAGAGAUUCCAGUCUCUCUCUGAACCUUUAAAAUAUACGGACAUCUCCGGAGUUAGUGUCAGUUCUGUCCUCCUUUACGAAGAUGUGGAGAAAUCUGUCUCUGAACUGAAAGCAAAACUAAACGAGUUCUGUAAAGAUGAGAUAGAAAAAAUUUUAUGUCAAGGUAAAGUAACAGUUUACAAAAUCAAUAUUACUUACAAGUCUAAACCGAAAAUCAUGAAGGACUUCCUACAAUAUUUCUUUCAGCUCUCUCUGGAUCAAAACACAGCACAUAAAUGUUUCUGUCUGUCUGAGGAAAAUAGAGUGGCUACUUACAAUAACACAGUCCAGCCGUAUCCUGAUCAUCCAGACAGAUUUGAGAACUUAUAUGAGGUGUUGUGUAGAGAGAGCGUGAAAGGACGCUGCUACUGGGAGGUUGAGUGGAGUGCGACCGAUCAGAAUGGGGUGGGUAUAGCAGUCUCUUAUAAGAGCAUUAACAGAAAGGGAGACAGAAUUGCAAGCGGAUUUGGAAAUAAUGAUCAGUCCUGGAUGCUGUUUUGCUCUUCAUCCCGUUCCGCAUUCUGGCACAAUAACAAAGAGACUAAGGUCACUGUAUUGCCCAACUCCCGUAGAAUAGGAGUGUAUGUGGAUCACAGAGCAGGAAUUCUGUCCUUCUACAGCGUCUCUGACACAGUGACCCUCAUCCACACAGUCCAGACCACAUUCACUCAACCGCUCUAUCCUGGGUUUUGGCUAAGUUCAGGCAUAAGAGUGAAACUUUGUCAUCUUUAAAUAUGCUACCCAGAUUAGACUGAUACAUUUUAAUAAUUUGUGACAGAUUUUUAAUUAUAUGGCCUGUGGUUUUUACUUAUUGUAUUACACUUUUACUUAUUUUAUCCGGUAUUACUUGUCCAGUAUUACUCUGACCCUCGGGUGUCACUUUAUUGUCCUAAAUCUGGUCCAAUGUUGGGAACAGAUUUUACAGUCAUCAGGUCAUCUGCAUAUAAAGAUGACACUGUUUUUUAUGUUAUUUUGCCAUACAAAUACCAAACAGCUUCCUUCUUCAUGCAGAUCAAGUUUGUUUAUACUGCUUGAUUACUUCUGUUUGUUUUUUUCUCUAUAUGACACUUAUUUCCUUAUUGCCUUUAAAAGUCUCAGUUAAGUGUGCUCUGUAAGGAUAAACGAAAUGCACUUUUACUUAAUAUUACUUGUUUAAAAAUCUGUAAAAUAAUUUGAAUGUAUUAAAAAUAAUGUGAAUGAAAUAACUCACUUUAUUACUUGGUAUGCAUAACUGAUACCUCCUCUUGUAUCACAUAUUUUCAUCUCCUGUUAAACAGUAUGUUAUGGAAGCCCUGGACUGCAAUAUGAAAAUAAAUAAAUAAACAAAAAAAUUAAA